AUGGUGGCAAGGGUGAAGGCCCUGGCUGAGGCCAAGAGCUCAUCUCUAAGUCUGAUGGGGCAGGCACAUCCGUGGAUUUUUAGAGGAUCAGACGGAUCAAAACUGCUCGCAAACUUCCGUGAGGUUUAUCUCCCCUCCCCUGCUGGAGCUGAUGGCCACCCGCUGUUUCACACCGUGGUUGUGACCACUCCAGUCUACACUUUACAGGAAUGCUGCUUGAAACUGAUCUGAAAACUUUUGAGUGACGUUGACAAACUGGAGAUUCCUGAGUUUCUAAGGAAGGACAUCCGCCUCACUCCAGAUUUGCUGCGAGAAAUUCAGAUGUUAACAAGAAGAGCUCAUUCUGGCUCUUAUCAGUGCACUGAACCCUGACGACAAAGCAAAGCUCUCCUAGGGUUUGUAAUUUUUUUUCUUUUUCUUUACAGUCGGCAUAAUUAUUCAGGGCAAGGCUUUAUACUAGAUUUGAGGACUUCAUUGAGCACUCAGUUCAGUCAGCUACUGAUGUUGGCUGAUUAGUUAUGGACCACAAACACCACUAAAAGUCAUUCCAAAGGUAUGAGAUGGGGGUCCACCAUUGCAUAGAAAUGCAGUGUCACUGCUCCACAGUCCAAUGCUAGGGGGCUUUAUACCCCUCUAGCUAAUGCUUGGCAAUAGGGAUCACAAGCUUAGGCUCAUGUAAGGCUGUGCACUUGAAUUCACUCAUUAGAAGGAGUGUCUACAGCUGUUUGGACAUAGACUGUAUGUUUCUGGUUUACUGCAACAAGCUGCUUACAGUAGACUGUUAGAAUGGCUGGCAGAGAAUUACUGCACACACACAUUUUAAUCUGCAUUUAUUACUCCCAGUUGAUUAUAACACAAUAAGUAAUUUCUGUUUUAAACAGUAUUUUCCCCACAGAGAUGCAUUUCCCCAUUACAAUUAAAUAUUGCACUUGCGGUCCUGGAAAUAAAUUAAAGUUAAAAUCAAAGCACACAGAGGUCCCUUUCAAGGAUAUUCAAAACAUAAUCUUAAAAGACUGAUAUACACAUUAAGUGGCACUGCACAACUACUUUCAAUAUUAUUUUUAAGCCUUUUGUUCUAUGUAACUGACAGGUUUGCUAAACAGCCCAGGCAUGAGGGAGCAGGAGAAAGGGUUGUGACGACUGUAAUUAAACACAGCAAUAAUUUGGAAAGCGUUUUCAUUAUAAUUUACACUGCAAAUGAAAUUGUUGUAAAGAAUGUAGAUUUACUGCUACAAAAGUUAUUAAAUAUUAUGAGAUACUUGUAAUGAAAUAUGCAAAUUCCACAUGUUUUGGUAACACUGUAGCUUUCCUGAACACAGU